CAAGAUUCCCCAUAACGUCAUCUGAGCCAUAAAAGAAUAAUUUUACCUGUCUUACAAGAAAGAUUUCAGAUCAGUCUGUUAAAUAGUGGGUGAGUAAAAAAAUGUAAGAAUACUCAAUAAAACUGUAUUCCUGAAAAAAUCUUUAAAAUAGACUUUUUAUCCAGAACCAUAUGAUGGGGACGAUGGGAAAACACAUCCUCAUCAACAUUUGCAAGAUACCUCUUCUUCUUCUCUUUCUGUACAUGUUCAUCUGUUCUUUGGACAUCCUGAGCUCAGCCUUUCAGUUAGCUGGAGGUAGGGUUGCAGGGGACAUAUUCAAGGACAACGCAGUCUUUUCUAACCCUGUGGCGGGACUGGUGGUGGGAAUACUGGUUACUGUUCUGGUCCAAAGUUCCAGCACUUCCACCUCCAUUGUUGUCAGUUUGGUAUCCUCUGGAUUGCUGGAUGUUGGAUCUGCCAUUCCCAUCAUCAUGGGAUCAAACAUUGGCACAUCUGUCACCAACACCAUUGUGGCUCUGAUGCAGGCAGGGGAGAGAGAGGAGUUCAAACGAGCCUUUGCAGGUGCCACAGUGCACGAUUGCUUUAACUGGCUGUCAGUGUUGGUGUUGCUGCCGCUGGAAGCCAUCACUGGCGUGAUGAGGCUCGCGUCGGAGGCGGUGGUUGAAAGUUUCAACAUCGUGAGCGGAGAGGAUGGUCCAGAGCUCCUGAAAGUCAUCACAGAACCCCUCACCAAAAGUAUUAUACAGCUGGAUAAGAACGUAAUCAUAGGUAUAGCAACAGGCCAAGAGGUGCAGCGCAAUAAGAGCCUGAUAAAAGUUUGGUGUCAGACACGGAUCACGUUCCAAGAGAAUAUUUCUUUUGCGCCCUCAGAAAACUCGACAGUACCAACCACAUCACUUUACAUGAAUGCUGAAAAAUGCACUCAUCUAUUUGUGGAGACGGGAUUGUCUGAUCUGGCUGUGGGCUUGAUUCUGCUGUCUUCCUCACUGCUGGUGCUUUGCACCUGCCUCCUGCUGCUGGUUAAGCUUCUGAACUCCCUUCUCCAGGGACAAGUGGCCAAAGCUAUCCAGAAAAUCAUCAACACAGACUUUCCUUUUCCGUUUGGAUGGUUGACUGGCUACCUGGCCAUUCUGGUUGGUGCUGGCAUGACCUUUGUUGUUCAGAGCAGUUCGGUGUUCACUUCUGCCAUCACUCCUUUGAUAGGUAUUGGUGUGAUAAGUAUCGAGCGGGCCUACCCUCUGACCCUGGGAUCCAAUAUUGGAACAACCACUACAGCCAUCUUAGCUGCAUUAGCUAGCCCAGGAGACAAGCUAGCUGCGGCCUUUCAGGUUGCUCUAAGUCAUUUCAUCUUCAACAUUCUGGGCAUAUUGCUUUGGUACCCAAUUCCUCUUAGCCGUCUCCCCAUCCGCAUGGCACGAUAUUUGGGUGAGCGGACGGCAAAAUAUCGGUGGUUUGCUGUGCUGUACCUGAUUCUGUGCUUCCUCCUUCUGCCAUCAAUUGUCUUUGCCCUCUCCAUGGCUGGAUGGCAGGUUCUGGUGGGUAUCUGUGUACCAUGUGUUGCUGUCCUCCUCUGCAUUGUUGUUGUCAAUAGACUGCAGUCACAAAAGCCUCACCUCCUGCCUUCAUGGCUGCAAACCUGGGACCACCUACCUCUCUGGAUGCACUCACUCAAACCAAUGGAUACCAUCAUCACAAGAGUCACAUUGUGCUGCAGGAAAGCCCGGAACAGUGAUCAGAGACACACGUCUCCCGAGGAUCUGCCACAAUUGAGAGAAUAUGACGCUGAAAAAAAUCAUGCGCCUUUGGCACAAAAUAGCCCAGCUUUGAUUUAUGAUUAUGAGACUGAGGCUGUUUUUGACACAUUGAAUGGCAAGAGCAGCAGGCUAUAGACUAUACAUGGUCCAUUAAAUUCUUUUUGGUCCUUAAAAUGAUUUCUCUUUUCAUAUUGUGAUUCAAUCGGUUUCCUCUCUGCACGUUUUUUUGAAGCUAAACUACCUGACACAGCCGCAGAAAUGUAUUCAUACAAUGGUAUAUAAAUCAGGGCCUUUUACAAAAAUAUGUUUCAUUUGUUCAGUGAGAGGAGAUGCUUAACAUUCAAAUAAAAUGUUGAUCGUCACCAUGAGUGUAUUAUAUAAGCUGUUAUGUUCUAUUAAUUUUAUAUCAAGUUAAUUAUCAAGCUAAAAUUUAAGCCUGUGACCAUGUCUAAAUACAGUUUAAAACCACGGUGUCAUAACGCUGUCUUGUAAAACACCCACGAACAUGAUGAAGAAGGUACUAGGCAAUCUUUAAUAAAUCUACAAGCAAAUAAUCCAGACAGAGAGAACAGCUACAACAUCCACACAUGAACAAGUAGCAAGGGAAACAAGGGAACUUGAAUACAUGUGCUAAUGAGGUGAUUAACGAAACACAGCUGACAGAGAUGACUUAAAUCAAAAACCAUGACAACAAACUAGUGGCGGGAAAUAGUGCAAGCAGGAAAACAAAGUCUAAACUGAA